AUCAAAUGUACAUGUACCUGUACAUGUAGCUACCAUUGGAACGUACACGCUUACGGUCCCAAUGUGCGUGUGCAAUUACAUGUUCCUCAUACCGUACACCAGGUAUGCUCAUACGCUGUCUAGUGCUCUCUUGUACAAUGUGUCUCUUUUCCGUCGCCAGAAUGCAGCAGGCCCCAUUGCAAUCUCCUACCUUGCAUGUUGUUAACAAUUAGCUUCCUGUUGAAUAUCGGCUUGGAACCCAUGAGUAAUUUGCCAACAAACAAGCUUUUUGAUAGUAAAAGUAAGCUCGAGAUACGGUAGGCUACAUCAUCGGAGAAGGCUGUACGUGGGUACAUGUAUGAUGUACAUAAGUCACAAUCACUGCUGUGUUGACCAACGUUAAAAAAUGGAAACAAGGAAGGAGCAUGCUAUGCAACACUUCACAACUAUUUUUCUUCUCACAAGUGUUGUCCUGGCACUUUCAACUCUGGGUGAUUGUCACUGGAACUCUACAAAUCCACCAAACAUAAUCUUUAUCCUGGCUGAUGACUAUGGCUUCAACGACAUUGGUUACCAUGGCUCAAAAAUCAGGACUCCGUGGCUGGAUAAACUCGCUGCUGAGGGCGUGAAGCUUGAGAAUUACUAUGUUCAACCAAUUUGUACCCCAACACGGAGCCAGCUGAUGAGCGGCCGGUACCAGAUCCACACAGGUCUAGAGCAUUGGAUUAUCUGGGAUGUCCAACCAAACUGUUUGCCUCUUGAUGAUGUAACCCUCGCUGAAAAACUCAAGGAGCUUGGCUAUGCAACAUAUGCAGUCGGCAAAUGGCAUCUUGGCUUCUAUAAGAAAGACUGCUGGCCCACUAGGCGUGGCUUUGAUACCUUCUUUGGGUACUAUACAGGUUCAGAGGACUAUUUCACCCACAGAAGAGGAUGUGGAAUGCCCGGUUUUAACUGCAAAGGCUUCACACCUGGUCUGGACUUGCGGGACCAGGAACAACCAACGCAUAACUACAAUGGCAGUUAUUCAACUCACAUAUUUACAGAGCAGGCCCAGCAGAUUCUGGAAAAUCACAACUCUGCAAAGCCAUUCUUUCUUUAUCUACCAUUCCAAGCUGUCCACAGUCCCCUACAAGUUCCUGAGAAGUAUAUUGACCCUUACAAGCACAUCGCUGACAAACAUCGUCGGAUAUACUCAGGAAUGGUGGCUUGUAUGGACGAAGCCAUUGGCAACAUUACGCAGACCCUGACACAUCUUGGACUGUGGGACAACACUGUGUUGAUUUUCUCCACAGAUAAUGGUGGACAGAUAUAUGAAGGGGGAAACAACUGGCCACUGCGAGGAUGGAAGACCUCGCUAUGGGAAGGUGGUGUUCACGGCGUUGGCUUUGUUCACAGCCCUCUGAUAUCAAAGAGUGUUCAGGGUACCAGUUGUAAGGAAAUGAUACAUGUCAGUGAUUGGUUCCCUACACUCAUUGCUGGUGUUGCUGGUGGACAUCUGGAUGAUUUGGAACUAGAUGGCUUUAAUGUGUGGCAGACGAUCAGCCAAGGGAAAUCUUCCCCUAGAAAGGAAAUUUUACACAACAUUGAUCCAAUACCAUACCCUUCAUUACCUUAUAUGGCUGAAUAUGAGCCUCAGGGUGGAGUGUUUUACCCUGAUGCAUACUUCAACACCAGCAAUAACCUGCCUGGUUCAUAUAACACCACUAUCAGGGCAGCCAUAAGAGUUGGAGACUGGAAACUCCUCACUGGAUAUCCAGGAAACAGCAGUUGGAUACCACCCCCUGAUUCAGGAAUUGUCCCCAUCCACCCAGUAGAGCAGAAAAGUAAAUAUGUGUGGCUGUUCAACAUCCGGGAGGACCCCAACGAGUAUCAUGACCUAUCCGAUGCCAGACCUGACAAGGUCAAGGAGCUGGUUGGUAGAUUGCAGUACUAUUACAGUAGUCUGGUACCACCAUUUUACCCCCCUGGAGAUGUAAGAGCAAACCCAGCCCUGCAUGGGGGUAUUUGGACCAAUUGGGAAUAAUGGACACGUGGACUAAACCUUUUUAGAACAUGUUUUUUUAUUAUUGUGAUUGUUCGUAUCACAAUGACAGUAACCAUAUAUUGUAGAUAAUUCAGCAUCUACCACUAUAAACCACAAUGAUAUCAUGUAACUGUCUUGGUCAUUUUGGAGGGUGCCUGUUUUGUCCCCAGUUGUUAGUUUCCAAUUCCCUUAUCACAUUGUAUAUGUAAGUAAUUGCAAGUUCAUAUUUUGUAAACAUUAUCUUUUCCAUAUCAUUGUAGUGAACAUUCUUGAGUGAAUUAUGGAUGCGUAUACAAUCCAGAUCUUGCUGACAUCUUCAAAAAAGAUGAUAUUACCUUUUACUUUAAGCAUUGUAUGCUGUUUUUUCUUUACUUUCCUAAAGCUGUAGAAAAACACAAAUAUGAGUUUAAAUUGUCUGAGAGCUGUCUGAACACGUGUCAUUGUUUAUUUUGGUAACUCCACAGUUUACAGGUUAAAUCCAAAAAAAGGUAAGGUUUUGCAAAUCAGGUUUUCUGAGAUAUUGGAUUAUUUUGAUUACCUAUGUUUAUGAUAAAUACGGUUUAUUAUGGUAUACAGAUGGUCUAAAAGCAACAAUUUGAAUAAUAUUUUAGUUAAGCAGCCGAAUCUUUGAUAUUAAAAAUGUAUAUGCUUGUAUCUUUGUCUUUGGAUUCAGAUUUCAACUUUUAUGGAAUGUUUGUUCACCUUGUGGAAAAGAUCACAAGUAAAGUGCAUAUUAUUUCUACUUGGGAACUCUGGUGAUGAAGUAAGGGGAAAAAAACCACACGUAAAUAUCCGUCAUUUUAUGUAAAUUUAAGAGUUCAUUUAAUGCCACUAGCCCAAAAGUUCUUAGAAGUUUACAUAGCUGACCACCACCUUCCCUUUUCACUGGUUUUAUAGUUCUAAAAAUUGACAUAUAUAUGUACUAAAAAUAUUCUCUUGUCAGAAAUUACUUGCCAGGUGAUUACCCGAAGUAUAGCUGUAGACUUUAACACGGGAAAACGGGUGAGGGGAGUCAAUGAAAAGUACAGGGCAGUCACUAUCAAACUUCAGUUUUCAGUGUUUUUGCUGAGGUCCAUUAAAGUAAAGGCCCAUAGCAGGGAGGCCUGGCCCAUUAAAUCAAGGGUAUGAAAAUGUUAACGACGAUGGAGAGAUUGAAUUGCGGAAUUUCAACCUUGGAUCAUAAACAAUCUCUGUGCAUUUCUGGGAAUUUGAGGGACUUGCUAAAUACGUGUUCUGUUUAUGUCGCCCAAUUAUCAUUCAGGUAAAAUGUGUUCAUUAUUUUCGAAUAGAAGUAGUUUAAUUCAUUGUAUCCAUGGGACGUGGCACAAAAGUCAGUUGUCCCCAAGUAGGCCUACUGUAAUAAAACUGGGCAUAUGCCGGUAUUUGCUUUAGACUUGAAAGAAGAAGAAUAACCAUGUUGUAUAGAUGAAUCCAGCCACAGUUCAGGGGACGUUCCUGAUGACCUCGACACGUCCGUAAGUCUCUAUCAUGACGUGCAAGCUUAUGUUUUUUCACUGAUAUUUUAUGUUUGUGUCGGAACAUAACCUGAUUUUACGAAAAUGGGGUGUAAAAGAAACCCUGGAGCUUGUGCUUGAUCGCCAUCGGAGGUCAGAUAGAAAUUUUCCAGAGGUGUUCGAAUCUUGAUGAAGUGCAGGAUUUUUCUCUGUUUUGUUCACGUAAUUAGUAACAUUUUUAGCACAUUCUGUACAAUAUUCGUUUUCACUUUCUCGACGGAAACAAAAUCUGCAGACCGAGACAAUCACAAUAGCAGGUUAAGCAUAGUAUAAAGAUCAUGCUCAGCAAAAAGAAAUAGGAACUAGACCUUUUGGCACAUCAAUGCUUCGCUGCGGGCUGUUUGGCAAUAUUAGAUGUUUGGUAUAGGCCUAAUACAGGCGAUUAUUUUAUGCGUGUCAUGCCGAAAUAUAAAUAAUGAUGCAGAAAACUAAAUACUGGGUUGUUUGCACUUCACGAAAUCAAGUUUACCAACUUGAACUUGCUGCUUAUCGAUAUACAGAUGUCAGUCUCUUCUACAUUUUUAUGUCAGACUCUCCACCUUUUGCUUUCUGGUGCGGCCUCAUUUAUUAGUCUGUCUUCGUUGUGGAUUUUUUUGAAUCCAUGUACUGUCUGUACCACUCGUGACCAGUGAAAGUUCGAGGCUUGGCUGCCUCGACCAGCUCCAAGCAGCGCUUUUAGUACAACUUGGUCCUGGUCUUCGAGAGUAAGAUAUCAUUUCGUUGGUUAAGCCGCGUGAGGUAAGUCAGACUGAGCAGCAGUUUCUAGGGAUGGGAAUUUAAGUUAAAUUUGAAAAACGUUAGAAUACUUUCCCAUUCCAUUUAAACACAUAACGUCCCAUUCUUAGUAUCUUCCUCUUCCAAAUCCAACUCAGUUGCAUAGAAUAGCCUGGAAAAGAUAAAUCAGGAGUUGAAUGUAUAAGCUUUAGAAAGGCACUGGAUCAAUUAUUCAGCCUCAGGAUGAGGUUCCUUCACCAUCGAAACAUGAAGUAGUUGACAAAGGUCAGGACCUGAAGGGACGAGUCUCUGAGAUGUACGGUAAUGAUCGAAGGGAGCGCUUGGAAAAACGUGUAUGGGAGAAAUGACCUCUGUGUUCACCCUAUCGAUGUCCUUAUAUUAGUGCUGCCUUGAAAGUUUUGCGUUAAUCAUAGCCAGUGUACAGAUUCGAAUUUCAAAGAAGCGCAUUUUGUAAUAUUCCUUUCGUCGUUGCGCUGUGGUAGGGCUAUAGCUUGAAGAGGUUCUGCAAAAACGUUCUUUUUGAUUGAUGUGAAAUCCCAAUGUAUGUAUUAUAAAUGCAAUACAUUUCCUUUUCUGCACAAUUUAAAUUAUUUUCUGAAACGGCUGUCCAAUUUUAUUGAUAUCUGUAAUAAAACAACACCUGCCCCGAAA